AUGUCUGCAAUUUUUGUGGAUUUAUUCCCAACUGAUGUAUCAAAAUUAUACAUUUUUACAUCAAUUUCUUUAGUUUGUGGAAUUAUUUUUGUAUCUGCUAAAUUAAAUCAAACAAUUCAUUCUUUAUUAGUUUUUGCUUGGGCAUGUUUUAUAAAACCAAUUAUUCAAAAGAAAUCUUCUGGACUUGUAAAGGCUAAAAAUCAACAACAAAAUUUAGAACAAUUUUAUAAAAAUCAAGCUCAUAUUUAUGAUAAAACAAGAGAAUUUCUUUUAAAAGGUAGAAAAGAAUGUCUUAGAUUAGCUUUGUCUCAUUUACCAAAAAAGAAAGAUUUAGUUUGGAUUGAUAUUGGUGGUGGUACUGGUUCAAAUAUUGAAUAUAUGAAUGAAAUUCAUAAUAUUUCCAAAAAUUUUAAAGCUGUUUAUUUAGUUGAUUUAUCUCCAUCCCUUUGUGAAGUUGCUCAACGUAGAGUUGAAGCUCAUGAAUGGGAAAAUGUUCAUGUUCUUUUAGCUGAUGCUUGUGAUUUUGAAAUUGAUUAUAAAUUUGCUGAUUUAAUUACUUUUAGUUAUAGUCUUUCAAUGAUUCCAACUUUUAAUGCUGCAAUUGAUAAUGCUGUUUCUAAAUUAGAUAAACAGGGUAUAAUUGCUUCAGUUGAUUUUGGUAUUCAAUCAUUUGAUACAUCUAUUGGAAGAAUUAAUACUCUUGGUGGUCUUAUUGAUAGAAAUAUUCCUUGGAUUUUACGUAAUUUUUGGAGAAUUUGGUUUGAAGCUGAUAAAGUUUAUUUAGAUUCUUCCAGAAGAAAUUAUUUGGAAUAUAAAUUUGGUACAGUUAAAUCUCUUAAUACCUAUAAUAAAAAAUUAGGUAGAAUUCCUUAUUAUAUUUGGAUUGGAUGUGAUAAAUCAAAAUCUUCAACUAUUUUACAUAGAUUAAAUUGUCUUGCAACUGAAUCUCCUUAUUUAGCUCCAUCUUCAACUCCAAUUGCUGAUUCUAUUGAUAAAAAGAAUUUUGCAAUUUCAAAAGGUCAUGAAGCUGCAAUUUCAAAUUUACAAAAAAAUUUACCAUUCCCAUCAAUUUAUUAUCAACGUGAAAUUUGGAGAGUUUAUUAUGAUGAUUUAAACGCGCAAUUUGAACAAUUUAAAAAUCAAUAUAUUUAUGCUUUUACUUGGGAAGAUCCUCGUGAAGAUAAUAAUAUUCUUAAAUUUACUCCAAAUGAUACUGUUUUAGCUAUUACUUCUGCUGGUGAUAAUAUUUUAAGUUAUGCAACUUUACCUGAACCUCCAAAACGUAUUCAUGCAGUUGAUUUAAAUCCAUGUCAAAAUCAUUUAUUAGAAUUAAAAUUAGCAUCAUUUAGAUGUCUUGAUCAUAAUCAAAUUUGGAAAAUGUUUGGUGAAGGUAGAAUUGAAAAUUUUACUGAUUUAUUAAUUGAUAAAUUAAGUCCUCAUAUGUCUUCAAAUGCUUUCCAAUAUUGGAUGCAAAGAGGUGAAAAAACCUUUGGUAAAAAUGGUAAUGGUCUUUAUGAUACUGGUUCAACUAGAUGGGCUCUUAGAUUAGCCAAAUAUGUUUUCAAAUUUUCUGGAGUUACUAAAUAUGUUGAACAAUUAUGUAAUGCUCAAAAUUUGAAUCAACAAUUAAAAAUUUGGAAUGAAAAUAUUAAACCAGCUAUUUUUAAUCCAGUGGUUGCAACUUUAUUAGUUGGAAAUCCUUUAUUCCUUUGGAAAGCUCUUGGAGUUCCAGCUAAUCAAGCUGCUAUGAUGGGUAAUUCUGUUAUUAAGUAUGUUAUUGAUACUUUAGAUCCACUUUUAAAACGUUCAUUGAUUUCUAAAGAUAAUUACUUUUAUUAUUUAACCCUUAUGGGUCAUUAUGCUAUUGAUAAUUGUCCAGAUUAUUUAACAGUUAAAGGUUUUAAACGUCUUACAACUCAAGUUUCAUCAUUAAAUAAUGAAUCUCCAAUUGAUAAUAUUCGUUUACACACUGAUACUUUAAAUGAUGUAUUUGCUCGUUUAUCAAAGAAAUCAAUUACAAUUGCAAUUAUUAUGGAUCAUAUGGAUUGGUUUGAUCCUCAUGGAACUGAUGAAAUUAAUGAAAUCUCAGCUCUUAAAAAAUGUCUUGUAAAUGGUGGUAGAGUUAUGUUACGUUCUGCUUCAACUCAUCCAUGGUAUAUUAAGAGUUUUGAAAAAUUAGGUUUUAAAUGUGAAGCUGCUGCUAUUAGACUUAGUGGUGAAUCAAUUGAUAGAAUUAAUAUGUAUGCUUCAACUUGGGUAUGUACUAAAGUUGAUGCUAUUGAAGAAGAAGAAGAAGAUGAAGAAAAUGUCGAAGUUUCAUCUGAAGCUAUCCCAAUGAGAAGAAGAAUGAGUAGUUUACAUAUUUAA